AUGGUUACCGAUGGCCUAAUGCUUCCGUACCGUACCUGUUUGAUGGAGUUUUUGGAAAAUGCUACUGAACUUUCAACAAUAAACGAUGCAAUAGACCUGCUCAGUACGGUGUCUUGCGUGCGGUUCACAAGAAGGACGUCUGAGCUUCACUAUCUAGUGAUAACAAACAAGCUCGGAACGGAGUGUUGGGCUGAUACGGGACGUCAGCGACGUGGUCCAACGUACAUGAACCUCCCGAAGCGGUGCACUAAACGCGUUGGAACGGUACUGCACGAGCUGCUGCACGUGUUGGGCUUUCUGCAUCAACACACGCGCCCCGAUCGGGAUCAGUACCUGUGCGUGCUAUAUGAGCACGUUCGACCACAUCCUAUCGCGCUGUACCACUACGAGAUCGUUCGUCCUUGGACGGACCAAGCGUUCCCAUUGCCGUAUGACUUUGCGAGCAUCAUGCACUACACACCGGAGAUGUACAGUGUGGCACCGGGUCGAUUGCCUACCAUGGUACCGCGGCAUCCCUGGAGCAUGGUUGCGAUCGGUCAUCAAGCUCGUCUGACGGAGUAUGACGUGUUGGCAAUACAGUUUCUUUACUGCCUAUGCUGA